UGAUAUCACUCCGAUAUAGUCCGCGUUGCAUAUUGUUUUCUUUCGGUCUCCGCAGUCCGCGUUGGACGUGAAAUUAUUUAAAUAUUAUAAUAUUAUAAUUAAAAUAACCACUGCGAUUUUCAAGACGUUAACUAGUGACCACAAAGCAAAUCAUGCCACAAGAAAUUAAGGAAAUCAAGGAUUUCCUUCUGAAGGCUAGAAGGAAGGAUGCUAAAUCUGUCAAGAUUAAGAAGAACAUUGAAAAUGUUAAAUUCAAGGUUCGUUGUUCUCGAUUCCUUUAUACCUUAGUAAUCACAGACAAGGAAAAAGCAGAAAAACUUAAACAAUCAUUGCCACCUGGUCUUCAAGUGAAGGAGAUCAAAUGUAAAAAAAUGAGCACUGAAAAUAAAGAGAAAAAAUUAUAAGGUUGCUGUGGAUUAACGUUUAUAUAAAAUAUAAUUAACUUUAUUACAUGUAAA